UAUGUGUAUAAAUAUCUACAUGUGUGUGUGAUUUAUUUCGUGUGCUAAACACGAGAUAUUCGAAGGAUUUUAUUCAUUCGUUGGAUUAUUAUUCAUACAAACCAUCCUAUCAUUUCUUUUUACUCGAUAAGAAAAGAAUCUUUUUAAUCAUUAAUUUAAUCAUCAUAUAAUAAUAUAAUUAAUUUAUCAUUUAUAAGUAUCAUGAUAGUAAACAAAGCUGAAGUUCAGACAGGUUAUGAUCAAGAUCCAGUUGAACAAGCAUUAAAAAAGACUGGUUGUAUUGAAUUACAUUAUCAAAUUCAGGAAUGUAUUGCUGAAACCCGAGAUUGGAGAAAGUGCCAGGACCUAGUAAAAAAGUUUAGAGUUUGCAUGGAAGAAUAUAAACGAAAACAAGAUACAAGUUAAUUAACAUUUUUUAAUCAUGUCGUUGAUAUUUAAACAAGUAAUGCCUACCCUUUUUCAAGUAUUGCCAGCUGGAAGUUAUAAAAUGGUUAUUGUAGUAAGAAAGGAUAUAGUUAUGGGCACAGGAAAAAUUGCUGCACAAUGCGCUCAUGCAGCAUUAGAGUGUUAUAGAAAUGCACCAAUUAAUCCAAUAAAACGGUAUAUGUUUCAAAGUUGGUUAUAUAAUGGUCAACCAAAAAUAGUUCUUCAAGUAUCGAGCGAACAGGAAUUAUUAAAUUUGGACCGUAGCGCUAAAAAAAUUGGUUUAGUCACAGCAAUAAUAAGAGAUGCAGGUAGAACUCAAUUAAAACCUGGAACUAUUUCAGUACUUGGAAUUGGACCGGAUCUAAGUACAGAAGUAAAUAAGAUUACUUCUCAUUUAAAAUUGUUGUAAAUGUCAAAGAAUUGUAUAAAAAUAAUACAUUAGCUUAUCGCUUUUGAACAAAUAAAA